AUGGCCCACCGCCUGCAGGAGGCCGAGAGCCGCAACCUGGAACUGGAAGCUCAGAUCAAGCGAUUGGAGGCGCAAAUCGAGGGGAUGAAACCGCCCGGGGAGGAAGCUGCUGUGGGGCGGCCCCCCGGCUGCGCUGCCCCCUGGCCAUGCCGCACGGAGCACCCCGCUGAUGCGGCACCAUGGCACCGCGACGCUGUGAAUACCCGCUUGUGGUACCUCUGUACCGCCACUUGCUGCUCUUUUCUAGGGUACCUAGGCCCUGCAUCACCAAGGCGGGAUACCUGCUCCUUUGUACCGGCGGCUUUGGGCUGGCGGUGCCCGGCCAGGACCCGGGGGAGCCGUCCUGAGCGAGGCCGGGUGCUCGCCCCGCUGCCCCCGCCCGCCAUCCCCGUCACCCCCCGGCCAGCACCGCGGGAGUGCCCGUCAGCCCUCCUCCCUGGGAGGUCUCACACCAGAGCUGGGGACGCCUGGGUGCCAGCACCCCAGGCCCACGGGCCCCUUCCCACCCAGAGCCAGGCUGUGUGGCUCGGCCCCCGCCUGCCAUCAGGGGACCAUCUCUCCAGUCCCCUGGGCCUGCCCUGGCCCUGGGCUGCUGGCUGGGUGCGUCUGCUCCUGCCUGCCAGCCCUCUGACCUCCCUACUGCGGACCCCGGCCAGCCCCCUCUGCGUGAGGCAGGCUGCCCCUGCCCUGCCCAGCUCCAGCGCCACUCCCUCCCACGGAGCCACCCCACGGCCCCAUUCGUCAGCUGGGGAAACUGAGGCAGAGCGAGAGGAAGAGAGUCACCUAAGGACGCACAGCGAGUCGGGGCAGAACUGACAAACGAACCCAGGAGUCCUGGCUCCCAGCCCCUGCUUCUUUAAACGACUACACCUCGCUCCCUUCCCAGAGCUGGGGAUAGAACCCAGGAGUCCUGUCUCCCAGCAGCCCCCUGCUCUAACCACUACACCC